AUGAACCGUCACCACAUGGUCCACCGGGCACUGUCGCCUCAUAAUAUCCUGCUGGAUGGAGAGGGGCACAUCAAAAUGGCUAAAUUUGGUCUUUAUUAUAUAACGGACCAUGGAGCAGAUGUAGAUUUCCCAAUAGGAUAUCCAUCAUAUUUGGCUCCGGAAGUCAUUGCUCAAGGGAUUGUAAAACCUAAAGAUCCCACUCUGCAUGAAAGACCUCGACCCUCUGGACCAAAGUCAGAUGUGUGGUCUCUGGGCGUGAUUUUAUUUGAGCUAUGUGUGGGAAGGAAAUUAUUUCAAAGCCUUGAUAUAGCUGAGAAGCUAAAACUUAUACUUACUCUGGGCUGUGUUGAUGACAUUGUGACCGUGCUUGCUGAAGAACAUGGAUGUGUGGAAGUGAUAAAGAAUCUGCCAGAACACGUCUUAGCGUUACUGAGAAAAUGUCUCACAUACCACCCAUCCAAAAGACCCUCAGCUGCAGAGUUACUCACCAGCAGUGUUUUCAGCACUGUGUCUCCUGGUUACAUACCUUUUCGACAGCCAGCUAGUCUGUUUUCCUCAGCGUUAAGAUGUGCUGACCUCGACUUACCUGAAGACAUCAGUCUCCUAUGUAAAGAUGAAGACAGUGACUUUUUGGCAGAAAGGUCCAUUGAAGAGGUAUAUUACCUCUGGUGUUUAGCUGGAGGAGAUUUGGAAAAAGAGCUGGUCAGCAAAGGAAUUAUUAGAUCCAAGCCACCUGUCUGCACAUUGCCAAACCUCCUAUUAGAAGAUGGAGAAAGUUUUGGUCAAGGUAGAGACAGAAGUUCCCUCCUAGAUGACACAACUGUUACUUUAUCAUUGUGCCAACUACGAAAUAGAUUAAAAGAUGUGCCUGGGGAAGCGUUUUAUCCCUUACUGGGAGAAGACCAAUCAAAUGUCCCUCACUCUGGUAGUAAUACCGAGCUCUCUACCUCCACGCUUCCUCUCAUUAUCAGGGAGAGGGACACAGAGUAUCAACUCAACAGGAUUGUCCUAUUUGACAGGCUUCUUAAGGCAUAUCCAUAUAAGAAAAAUUUGAUUUGGAAGGAAGCCAGAGUUGACAUUCCUCCGCUUUUGAGAGGUUUAACUUGGGCAGCCCUGCUUGGAGUAGAGGGUGCUAUUCAGGAAAAAUAUGAUGCCACAGAUAAAGAUACCCCAAUACCUACAGACCGACAGAUUGAAGUUGAUAUUCCACGUUGUCAUCAGUAUGAUGAGCUGCUCUCCUCACCUGAAGGGCAUGCAAAGUUUCGAAGAGUGCUAAAAGCUUGGGUGGUAUCACAUCCAAACCUAGUAUACUGGCAGGGCUUGGAUUCUUUAUGUGCGCCAUUCCUCUACUUGAAUUUUAACAAUGAAGCUUUGGCAUAUGCCUGCAUGUGUGCUUUCAUACCAAAAUAUCUAUAUAACUUCUUCCUGAAAGAUAAUUCACAUGUUAUCCAAGAGUACCUGACGGUGUUUUCCCAAAUGAUAGCAUUUCAUGACCCGGAGCUGAGCAAUCAUCUCAAUGAGAUUGGCUUUAUACCAGAUGUAAGUACCCAAAGUCCUUCAGCUGUACAUUAA